AUGGAGACGCACAUGACGACGCUCGGCGCCACGCUGCUCGCCAUCAACAAGCGGCAGGCCGCCGCCCGCCGCCGCACCCGCACCGGCGUCAAUGCCACGCCCUUCACCACGGCCGUCCUCAACCGCGAGCGCCUCGACAUCAUCACCUACAUCCGCGACGCCGACCAGCACACCGAGGCAAACCUCUUCUGGUACCCGCCCCCGCCCCAGUCCCAGCCCAACGCCGGCCCCAGCCAGUACGUACAACGCCAGCCCCACCACCACCACCGCACCGGCGACCGCGCAAAGUCAAAGGCCCUCGAGGCCCAGGAGGCCGAGCAGCUCCUCGCACCGCGCAUGCCAGAGCCCAGGCACGUUCAGCCACCAACGCCGCUCCGCCAGACCCUGUCGUCCAGGAACAGGGCCGACCUCGCCGGCAACACCGCGGGCGCGACCGACGACCCCGCCACCGACAUCAAGACCCUCCUCCUCGCCGCCCAGAAGCUCAACGACGACUACCGCUCGGCGCCAAAAGCCCGCAAGCACAUCAAGGGCCUUUUGAAGAAGCACGCCGAGCUGGCCAGAGCGGUGCGCGAGUUUGAACAGCGCUCCCAGGCCAAUGAAGCCCGCAUCCGCUCCAUCCGCGACGGCAAGCUCGAUCCGACGGGCAGCAACGACGCCGCCGCCCCUUCGGCCGGACGCGGUCUGCUGGCAGCAUCCGCAGGUCGCAGCACAGAGAUCCAGACCGAGCUGGCUCGCAUCCGGCAAGCCACCCAGAAAGAGGAGCUCGAGAUCCUGGCCCUCGAGGAGCUCAUCUCGGAGCUCAAACAGGAGGCCAAGACGAAGCGAUCCGCGGCCGCCAACGUCAAGCGCACCGCGCAGCCCGACGACCAGAGAGCAGGGUCGGAGGUUCAGGCGAUCCCAGCUCGAGCGCCGUCCGCGGAUCGCACGGUGCUGCAGGAGACAGACCUGCCGCGACCGGCACCCGCCCUUGUCGACCAGGCGGCUGCUCCACCUAGUACGAAUCCGGACGUCGCCGCCGAUCUGGAGCCAGCCGACGGCGCAGGCGCAGCAGCCGACGAGGGUGCCGGUGUCGACGACGGCGCCCGCGAGACGGCCGACUUCCACGAGACGCUGCGCCUGCUCCGCCUCGUCGCGUCGGGCGGCAUCCACCGCAACGUGGGCGACACGUCGCUCGGCUCGUCGCACACGUUCGCGACGCAGACGUCGCAGGCGACCGAGGCGUCUUCGGCGGCGCCCUCGUCGGCGGCGCUGGGCGCGACGGCGCCCUACACGCCCGAUACGGCCAUGACGGCCUACGUCGUGCUGCGCAUGAUGAGCACGCCGUCGCCGCACCAGGUCAAUAUCGAGGAGCUCAAGAUGGACGGACAUCGGUGGUGGGCCGAGGCGGGCAGGGAGGCGUACGAGGUGGCGACGCGCGCCGAUGCCAUCGACGACCGGCCGUCGUCGGCCGAGAUCCCGACCGACGGCCAGAAUCUGGCGCGGAAGAGCAUCUACGGCAUGGUGUCCAAGCAGCUCUUUACCCUCAAGCGGCAAAAGGGCGUGGGCACCAUCGAGUUUGCCCGGUAG